AUGAUUAAAAGAAAAUCUACACGGAGAGACAUGCAGCCAGAGGUGGAGGAGCGAGGACACUGGGGAAAUAAGGUGGAAUUUCUCCUUGCUGUGGCAGGAAAUGUUGUCGGCGUGGGGAAUGUGUGGAGGUUUCCCUACCUCUGUUACAAAAAUGGAGGGGGUGCAUUCCUAGUGCCAUAUCUGGUAUUUGCGGUAACCUGUGGUGUACCUGUGUUCCUGCUGGAGACAACUAUAGGGCAAUUCACCCAGGAGGGUGGCAUUACCUGCUGGAGGAAGCUGUGCCCACUAGCAGAAGGGAUUGGCUUUGGUGGACAACUGAUCAUCCUCUACACCUGUAUGACCUACAUCAUUAUUCUGUCCUGGGCUUUGCUCUACCUCGUGUUCUCCUUCAGCUCUCAGCUCCCCUGGGCCUCCUGCAACAACGACUGGAACACAGAGGGCUGUGUAGACUUUUCAACAAAAAAUAACACCGUCCACUGGACCAACCAGACAAACUCGACCUCUGCAGCCACCGAAUUUUGGGAACGACGAGUGCUGAUGAUCUCAGGGGGCAUUGAGGAAAUAGGCAGCAUCCAGUGGGAGGUGCUGUUGUGCCUCAUCGCUAUGUGGAUCGUCUGCUACUUUUGUGUCUGGAAAGGAGUCAGAUCUACAGGAAAGGUGGUAUAUGUCACAGCUACCUUCCCCUAUGUGAUGUUGUUAAUUCUGUUGAUUCGUGGCCUCUCUCUUCCUGGAGCAUUCGAAGGAGUGAUGUUUUAUCUUCUGCCUGAACCCUCACGACUGAUAGACCCUCAGGUGUGGAUGGAGGCUGUGAGUCAGAUCUUCUUCUCCUACAGUAUCGGUGUGGGCUCCCUAACUGUGCUGGGAAGCUACAACAAAUACAACAACAACUGCUAUAAAGACUCUCUGAUGCUGUGUUUGCUGAACAGUGGUACCAGUGUUGUAGCUGGUUUUGCUGUGUUCUCAGUGCUGGGAUUCAUGGCUCAUGAGCAAGGCGUUCCCAUUGCAGAAGUGGCCGAGUCAGGUCCAGGCCUGGCGUUCAUUGCAUACCCUCAGGCUGUAGCCAUGAUGCCCCUGCCUCAACUGUGGUCCAUCUGUUUCUUUGUUAUGCUCAUUCUCUUGGGUCUGGAUACACAAUUUGUUGCCAUGGAAGUAGUGAUGACGUCCUUCAUCGAUAUGUUUCCCAAAGUGUUGCGCAGAGCUGGCCGAAGGGAGAUUUUUCUCCUUUUCUUCUGCCUAAUAUGCUUCUUCUCUCAGCUUGUCAUGGUUACUGAGGGAGGGAUGUUUGUGUUCCAGUUGUUUGACUACUAUGCUUGUAAUGGAGCCUGCAUCCUCUUCCUAUGUGUGUUUGAAACUCUGGCACUGGGUUGGAUAUUUGGGGUAGAUAAGUUGUAUGACAUAAUAAAGGACAUGACAGGAACACGAGCCAACUACUUCUUUAAACUCUGCUGGCUCUACCUCACACCACUGGUCUCACUGGGCUCUUUUAUAUGUUCUUUAAUUGAGUACCAGCCUCUGACCUUUAAUCGGUGGUACAUCUACCCAUCCUGGGCAUAUGUGCUGGGGUGGAUACUGGCCCUCUCCUCCAUCCUGCUAGUUCCAGGAUGCGCCCUGUAUAAGCUGGGCACUGGGACUGGGACUCUAAGUCAGCGUUUCCAUCAUCUGUGCCAGCCUAAUCUUGAAAAUUUAGAGAACCAAAAGAGUGAAACUGAGCUAGAGACCAUCAGAGAACUUCUGCAGUAG